UUACUAUCGAUACCCCCCAAUGCGUUCCUCUUCUACAAGCUCGUUUUCUACCUAUUUUGUGAGAUAAUAUUAUGGCUUCCUCAAAUAUGAAAUCGAGUAAUGAUUAUACUGAUCAAGAAAAAUAUUCCUCAUAUCAUGACAUGGAAGAAUUGUAUCAUAACAAGGAAUACUCCAAACAUUCCUCCCCAAGAUGCAACCUCGAACAUAGUUCUGGUUUCGGUUUGAAUCCCGAAACCAAACAGGGAUGCUCUUCGCCUUCAACCACUCCCAGCUCCACUGAUUUUCUUACGAUGCUGAACUCCUGCUCUCCAGAUAAGUUCCAACAUAUUUCCAAAGACUGGAUGUUACUUACUCCACAACAGUGUCAGAAUUAUAGACUUUUUGUGCCCUUCAACGAUGAUGCACCGCCUUUCUCUGAACACCCAUACGGACACAGAUUAUACUCCAUUUGUGAUCUAAUUAAACAUCUACUAGAACAUGGUGUUGAAAUCAACUCCAAUAACAAACUUUUCUACGAAAAAACUUUGGACCUUCCUAUUCCAGCUCCAUUUGCCUUUAUCACAACAAUUUCCCAUAGACUCUAUAGACUGAUCAAUCCGGAAAAUGAACAGGAAAAAUCCGUGAACUAUAUGUUAACAGAACAGAUCAACACUCUUCUUGAAAUGUUAAGUAAGUCAAUUAUAAAUGAGUCACUUAGUAUUGAAAUUUCUAAUUAUGCAUUUUAUUUUUCUUGUAUUAUUAAGAAUGGUUUUCCUUUCACUAUUAAUUCAAACUCUGCAUUUAUUCAUGAUCCCAUGUUUUUCAAUCCCUAUGAUUAUGAUUCCUCCCCUUAUAUUAACAAACUAUUCUCAAAUACAUUUUCUGACCCUACUGAUAUCGGUAUAAAAAGAUUGUUUAUUGCAACUAGAAAAGAACUCUAUAAUCUAUGCAAUCCAACAAAUAUUAUAUAUACUGAGGAACCUGUUCCUUUUAUCAAGGUAGGAAAAAGAUACCUAAGCCCCACCCAUGACGAAAGAUCUAACGAUAAUAAUAAAAAACAAGCCCUCGAUCUCAAAAACCAGUUUGAUUGCCUGGAAAGCGAAGCUAUCCACCCCACCUCCCCCGUAACUAUCAUUUCACAUCAAAAGAUCGACUCUAACCCCCCAAUUCCUCCUUCGGAUAACUCCCCAAAUAUUACUACUAACCAAAACAAUAAACCCCCCCCGAUCAUGGUGCAAACCGAUAUUAAAUUUGAUUCACUACUUGCCAACAUCAAUAUGGCACAUGACUUUAAAGUAACAGGUAAACCAGAUAGAGGUUACCUUAAACUUUUUACUAAUACCCCGAAUGAACACAGAACUAUUACUAAAUACCUCCUUAACAAUAACAUUAAUCAUUACAUCAUAAACACAAAGACUAGUAAACAAAUCAAAAUUGUGAUCAGAGGCCUACCAAUCGAUUACGACCUAAAAGAAAUUAACAGCCAUCUAAAUAAACUCAACUUUUUCCCUAAAGAUAUUCAUCAAAUGAGAUAUCCCAAAGGAGACAGAAGACUCCUACCACUCUUUCUAAUUAAGCUUGAUAACUCGCCGAUCAAUAAAUCUAUUAUCGAUAUCAAAGAACUCGGUUUCUUCGAAGUUAUUAUGGAAAAAUUUAAAGCAAAUAACCUUAUCUCCCAGUGCCAUCGCUGCCAACUAUGGCGACAUACGAGCCGCCAAUGCAAUAUGACACCUAAGUGUGUUAAGUGUGGGGACCCACACCUCACAGCCGAUUGUCCCACCAAAGGUAAAAUCUCAACACCAAAAUGUUCGAACUGCGGUGGUAAUCACCCUGCUAAUUAUAGAGGAUGCCCCCAUUUCCCUAGACCAAAAAAUUAUCCCCCCCCUCCAUCUAAAUCACAAUUCAACAAAUAUGACCACACCCCAUCAAUUAACAACCCCCCAAACAUCCAAAACAAUGCUCAGCCCAAUAUCAACGAUAAUCAUUGUGAUACUAUUAAUACGCUAACUACCAUCAAAGAUCUUGCAUCUGAUGAAUCCUUCAUUAAAUUAAUUACGCAACUUAAAAAUAUCCUCCCCACCCUCUCACUUCUUAAUAACCCCCUAGAUAAAUUCUUAGCUAUUAUCCAAGCACUGGCCCCAUAAAAUAUUUUUUCUCAUUCAUUCUACUCCGAUAACAUCCACUUUUAUUUUAUUAUUAUUAUUUUCCUUAUUUACCACGUCUGCCUUACGAAUCUUUAAACUCUUGCUAGACGAUUACCCAUUUCUGGGCCUCUCAUUUCCUCCUAGCUCCCCCCACAUAAAACAGCUGUUCGUGUUUAUCUAAACACACCCACAUAUGCUCUGACUCACCCCAAAUUCCUUUGCUGUUACUAUGACCUGCUUUACUCCUUUCUAUUCUUAAUAAUUACCAUAUCUACGUACUACCGUGGUGUAGUGGAUAGCACACUCGACUGGUAACCCCAUGAUUCCUGGUUCGAUCCCCAGCGGAGACACACUUUUUCCUACCUUGACAACACUAGUUUUAUUAUCAUUGUCUUGUUAGUCUAUGUUAUUCUCUAAAUUUUUUUAUACCUAUACUGAUUUUUUUUUUUUUUUUUUUUUUUU